AUGUCGUCGUUUCUAGACACCUUAGAGGCCUGCUACAGCACUAGAGAUCUCUACGAGGUCCUGGGUGUGGACAAAAGUGCCAAGGAGGGUGAACUACGCAGGGCAUACCUUCUCCUCUCUCUCAAGGUCCAUCCAGACAGAGUAACCCCUGACCAGGUCGAUGAGGCCACCAACAAAUUCCAGGUUCUGGGCAAAGUCUAUGCCAUUCUGACGGACAAAGACAAGCGUGCUAUAUACGAUGAAGAUGGCACUGUCGAUGAAGAAGACGACACUAACUUCAAACCAGAUCGUGACUGGGCCGAGUAUUGGAGGAUGCUCUUCUCCAAGAUUAAGAUUGAAGAUAUCAAAUUGUUUGAAGAAUCUUACAAAGGUUCUGAAGAGGAGCUGGACACUUUGAAAUCAGUGUACAUGGACUCAGAGGGUGACAUGGAUGCCAUAUUGGAAGAGGUCCUCUGCUCUACUAUUGAAGAUGAGCCUCGCUUUCGUGAGCUGAUCCAGGGCUGGAUUGAUGAGGGCUCUGUGCCAGCCUACCGAACAUUUGUGAAGGAAACAAAGAAGAAAAAGAAUGCCAGAAAGAGACGCUAUGAUGGAGAGGCUAAAGAGGCGGAGGAGGCUUUGGUACAAAUGAAAUCAGAUGGAGGGGAAGAUGCUUUGAAGUCGUUGAUUGCUGCUCGCCAGAAAUCGAGGGUAGAGGGAAUGGGAAACUUUUUCGACUCACUUGAGGAGAAGUACAGCUCAAAGAAGCCCAAGACCAGUGCUAAAGAAAGGAAGACUGGUACAGCAAGUAGCUCCAGCAAGAAGAGGCAAAAGAAAUGAUAAACUUUCACUCUUAACCAUUUUUCAAUUGCACAGUGGCUCGUAAAAAUAAUUAUAGUACAUACAUGUAUGAUUUAAAAUUUUGCAAAUUAAUCAUGUAUUGUUUUAAUCACAUCAGUUUUCUCUUCUUUUUCUUUGGCUUUUGUUUCUCACUCUCCAAUUUUCUCUCCAAUUCUCUACGCCUCGCCUCCUCAUCCUCCUGUACAAUGUGAACAGCAUAAUUGACAAUGAA